UGUGUGCAAGAGUAACGCAAAUAUAAAUCUGUUCAGCCUAGAAUCGCAUUGUAAAAUGAUACCCUUUCAUAGAGUUCGCCGCCAUACCUGGCAACCCUGCCAUAGAUAUAUGUGCAUAUCCGCACACCUGGUAUUGCGGCCCUGCUCCGGCUCGGGCACACUGUUCCACCGCUCGCCCCUUUUUUUGGGGUGGUUGCGACUGGCGAGCAGCAGUACUUGCGGGGCGACAGACCAGACCGGUUUGUUGUGUUUUGGUGGCUGGUGGAGUGAAAAAUCAAUCGAGAGCAGCUGCAGCAGGAAAAUGGCAUCCGUGCGAGGCAACUCCCUGUACCGGGGCGUUUACGGGGCUCUGAGGACGCUGCUCCAUCUGACGGCGGCCGUGCAGUUUGGCUACGGCAUCUAUUACGACUACAACUACGUGGAGUUCCCCACCAGCGAGCCGGAGAUGCGGAUCCAUCAUCCCUGGGGGGGCAAAUUCAAAUACCUAACGUUCCUGGAUGCGAUAAUUCAGGCACUGUACUACAUAGUGUCGCUGGUCAACGAUUUCGUGGGCACCAAUGAGCUGACACCCAAGAAGCCGCCGGCGGUGCGCAGGUUCAAGGACUGGCUGAUGGCCACAUUGGCCUUCCCGGUGGCCAUCAACGUGGGCGUGACCUUCUGGACACUGUACGCUAUCGACAGGGAGCUGGUCUUCCCCAAGGUGCUGGACCCCGUGUUCCCCAGCUGGCUCAACCACGUCCUGCACACCAACAUUGUGGUGUUCAUCGUCCUGGAGCUGUUCAUCUCGUACAGGUCGUACCCAAAACGCAGCCAGGGACUUGCAGGACUGGCCAUCUUCAUGGGCGCCUACCUGGUCUGGAUCCACGUGGUGAAGCACUACUCGGGUGUGUGGGUGUACCCAGUGCUCGAGGUGCUGCAACUGCCGCAGCGCAUCCUGUUCUUCGCGGCCGUUGUGGGAUUCACGCUGUCCCUCUAUCUGCUGGGCGAGUUCCUCAACAACACCGUCUGGGCCAAGGAGGUGAAGUUGGCCAGGCGCAAAGCCAACUAGGAAUAGGCUGUGACCCGUUUCUGUUCGAUGUAGUUGCGUUAAUUAGCCACAAAAUACAAAUGAUGAUUGACAGGUCUCGGUUAUAGAUUUUGCUCAUAUUGUUCGAUCUUCUCAGCCAAAGAUAGUAUUUAUAUGUACAAUCGUACUGCAGAGUGGACGCAAGAAGUCGUACAAAAUAUGUGAGAGAGAAAUAAUAAACGAAGCUUGCAGCAUUGACUCGAUAAUAUAUUUUCCAGUAAUAUGAA